AUGUCAGACUCAAUGUCCGACACAAUCCCCGACAAGGAGGUGGAUGAGCAGCAGCGCAUUGACCAUGACAUCCCCAUCGACCCAGCCGCGGAGAAGGCCUUGCUCCGCAAAUUAGACAGAUGGAUAGUCCCGCCUGUUAUGUUGCUUUACCUCCUCAGUUUCCUUGAUCGUGUCAACAUUGGAAAUGCCCGCCUGUACGGAUUAGAAGAGGAUCUCGGCUUAGAAGGCAAUCAAUACCAGAUUGCCGUCUCUAUCCUCUUCGUCACCUAUAUUCUCUCGGAGCUGCCCUCCAACCUCGUCAUCAAGAAAUUCAAGCCCUCCCGCUGGCUCUCGUUCAUCACCACCGCCUGGGGUAUUGUCGCCACACUCACGGGCGUGGUCCAAAGCUAUGGCGGUUUGAUCGCCUGCCGCAUCAUCCUGGGCGCCUUAGAGGGCGGCUUGUUUCCAGGUCUAGCCAUCUACCUCACAUGCUUCUACACGAAGAAAGAAUACGCCCUUCGAAUCGGCUACCUCUUCGUCUCGGCCGCCAUUGCUGGCUCCAUCGGCGGUCUCCUCGGCUACGGCAUCGGGCACAUGGAUGGCGUAGCUGGUCUGCGAGGGUGGCGCUGGAUCAUAAUCCUCGAGGGCAUUCCCACUUUCCUCCUCGGAAUCUCCAUCUGGUGGUGGCUGGCCGAUACCCCAGACACCGCACACUACCUAACCAUGGCCGAGCGCGAGCUCAUCGACGCCCGCAUGCGCCGCCAAAUCGGACACACCAAGUCCUCCGACCAGAUGCACAAGGCAGAUGUCAUCGAGGGACUCAAAGACUGGAAGAUCUGGCUAUUCACAAUCGGACAAUUUGGCGGCGACACCAUCCUUUAUGGUUACUCUACUUUCCUACCAACCAUCAUCAAGGGACUAGGUGAUUGGAGUACCGCUGAGGUCCAGGCUCUUACGAUCCCUUGCUACGCCCUCGGUGCGAUUAGCUACAUCGUCGUAGCGUGGUUUUCGGAUCGCACGCAGAAACGCGCCGUGUUCACGGUUAUUUUCGGUCUCACCUGUGCGGCAGGAUAUGCAAUCCUUGUCUCGCCGGCACCUGGCGGUGUCAAGUACUUUGGCUGCUUCCUUUCUGCCAUGGGCCUGUACGUUAUUGUUGGACUGCCGCUCGCAUGGCUUCCUAGCAACACACCGCGUUAUGGAAAGCGGACCGUUGCGACGGGAUUACAGCUUACCAUUGGUAACUCUGCGGGGAUUCCUGCUCCUUUCCUUUAUACCACCAAUGAAGGUCCUCGUUAUAUCAAAGGUCACGCCGUGUCCAUGGGCCUGGUCGCCAUGUCGGCGAUAAUAUACCUGCUCUUCUGGGCGUGGUUCAAGAGAAAGAAUGAGCGCAAGAGGAGUGGGAAGGAGGACUGGCGGGUUGAGGGGAUGACGGAAGAGGAGGCGGAAGAGCUGGGCGAGCAUAACCCGCGGUUUAUUUAUACUUACUAG